AUGGACGAUUUGUAUCGUGCUAAAUUGACAGGUUCUCCACCUCGUACCGCAAGAGGUAAUCACGAUCUUGACCAAACUCCAGUCACAAUCCUCCCUCAUAGGGGACCUGAAGGGGCGGCUAUACCUAUCCAACUUCCUAAUAUCUACGUCAACCCUUUUCCACCACCACCUUCACCUACUAGACCUGUAUCUGUCUCUCCUCCCAGACACGAAAGAACUCCUGCUCCUCUCACUUCGGCUUUGAGGAGACCUAGAGGUUAUUGGGAGAAAAUGGGUUUCGGUAGACCUCAUCCGUUGACCUGGUUAGCGGUUAUUAUCAGUUUUGCGGCUUUGGUUUUAGGUGUACCGAAGGGACAUUUGCCUACGUUGACAGGGAGGCAUAAAGAGUUGAGGGCUCAAGAACGUCUCGUAGCAGAACGUAUCAACCUUCUCACUCAACUAUCUGCUUUUCUUCCACCUCCACUAUCAACCAUCGUUUCACCUGACCCUUCAGUACCCAAUAACUGGGGUCCAUUCGGGGACAAAACCCAACUGGACCUCCUGCGUAGUGGGGUGGGUGGUAUGAGGUUCUGGAACACUGAACUGGGUGGUGUGCUUGGUGUGGGGUUAGAUGGACCUGAGAGAUGGUGGAGUAUAGAAGAUGUAGGAAAAGGAGCUAGUGUGGUGAGAUCUAAAGGUGAUGGAAGGGAUAGAGAGGUAUGGGUUUUGAGGACUGGUGAAGGUGAAGAUUCCAACGCGGCCUUAGUCUCCAGCCUUACUCAUUCCCUACUUCUCCGUGAUCGUCUACAAGCCGAACUGGACCAACUACGCGCUUCUCCCUGUCCUGCAUGUCCUGUCCAUCUCGCCCCGGCACAUCAUAUCCAUCAACAAAACGGUGCACCAUUGCUCAUAACCGGAUUGGUGGAAGAUGAAUUAGACAUGGAUCAACGACACGUCGAAUGGGAGAAAAUCGAAGAACGUAAAAGGAGAGAGAGGGAGAGAGAACGUGAUGUUGAAGAAAGGGAAAGACAAGUGAGUAGAAGAGAAAAGUGGGUAGUGGAAGAGAUGAAAAAACUAAGCGACAGAGUUCAUCACGAAGCUUCAGAACUCACUCUUGAAGAUCGUAUCACCGACAGACUCAAGGCAUAUCAACGUCAACUCUCUCAACUUCGUGAAGCUGAAGGUGAACAUUGA